AACCACUUUCCACUCUCUCCUCCAACGGAGGGUGCAGAGGUGACUCGAUCAAUCUUACACAAAAAAAGAUGUUAUUGAGAAGUUCAUCAAGCCCUUUACUCAAUUCAUGGAAACCAAACUCAUGUGGAUCAUCACCCGAAUCCGACCACUUACUACCCAUACAAACCCAACAACUAAUUCGCACUCGAUCUGCAUCAAUGUCCACGUCAUUUGGUCAUGAUGAAUCUCCAACUAAAAAAACAUCUCCCACUAAAAAGAGAGAGGUAAAAACACCGAAGCUAACGAAAUUAAAAGAGAAAGAAGUGGGGUUGGGUUCGACUGAGGUUAGGAGAUUGUUAUCAAAUUCAGGUUUGGGAAAGGCUGAGGCUGCUGUGGAGGAAAAAGGGAGGGUGUUGCAGUCUACUUUGGUGGGGGGUGGUGUUGGUGGAGUUGGCGGUGGUGGUGGGUCGCAUGGUGGAGAUGGGUCGGAUUCUCAGGAUUCGAAUAGUUGGCAUGGGCAUGAUAGUACUGAUGCUUAUUACCAGAAAAUGAUUGAAGCUAAUCCAGGGAAUGGGCUGCUUUUGGCCAAUUAUGCCAGAUUCUUGAAAGAGGUUAAAGGUGAUUUAGGGAAGGCUGAGGAGUACUGUGGAAGAGCAAUAUUAGCAAAUCCAAAUGAUGGUAAUGCGUUGUCACUUUACGCUGAUCUGAUAUGGCAAACUCAAAAAGACGCAGCUCGUGCGCACACUUACUUUGAUCAAGCCGUGAAAUCUGACCCUGAUGACUGCUAUGUAUUGGCAUCAUACGCUCGAUUCCUGUGGGAUGCUGAAGAAGAGGACGAGAAUGAGGAAGAAGAUCUAAGUAGGCAAUAUAGUAUUCGAAAUGGGAAUUCAGCACAAACCCAGAACUUCUUUGGUGCAUCGUCUCAUCGACCUCCCUUGACUGCUGCUUCUUAGUUUCAACGGUCUCUUCCGAUGUUAAUCAGACUCCUAAGCACAUAAUUUAGAUAACUAAUAUGUACUACUAGCGUAUAAGUAGCUAAGAAAUAGAUUGCUCUCGACUAUGAAGAGUUUUCCUUCUGUCUCUUUCACAAGUACUAAUAAAACUAGAGGUCUUAACUAAUUGUAAUUUUGUGAUGUCUGAUAACCGAGUAAUAUCAUUUGUACA